UUUUAAGCAGGGGUAACAGCCCAUCUCCGACCGGGUGGGGGGAGAGAGAAAGCAGAUAUAAGGCAGGCAGGCAGAGGCUGUCCAACGUCCCGGCGGCUCCCUCUGCCUCCGUAGCCGCAGCCGGGACGCAGCUGGCAACAGCUGGCUCGCAACUUUCCGGACCCCUCGCAAGAAAGCUUAGAUCCGAAUCCAAUGGGCGCUGCAAGACCCUUGGCUUCUGACCAACUAUGAGCCGGCAGCGGCCCUUCUGGCUGCCUCCGCCUCUCUUCCUCUCAAAUCCCUUUUUCCGCAGCCAAGAUGCCGAGAGCGAGAACAGCAGCGAAGACUUGUUUUCAGACUUCGAGGGCUUCGACAACGAGAGCUCCUUCUCCCUAGACGACUGGGACGUGGACGACCUAGACGGUUUCGACAGCGGCGCGCGCUACGAAGGGGCGUCCCAGAGCAGCAGGGUGAGAGCGCUGCUCAUCAUGGCCUACUCGGUCAUCAUCUGCAUCUCGCUCUUCGGGAAUCUGCUGGUCUGCCACGUGGUGGUGAAGAACAAGAAGAUGCACACGGCCACCAGCCUCUUCAUCGCCAACCUGGCCGUGGCGGACAUCAUGAUCACCACCCUGAACACGCCCUUCACUUUGGUCCGAUUUGUUAGCAGAACCUGGGUUUUUGGAAAGCAGAUGUGCCACGUGAGCCGGUUCGUUCAAUAUUGCUCUGUCCAUGUUUCUGUGCUGACUCUGACAGCUAUUGCUCUGGACCGCCAUCAGGUCAUCGUGCAUCCACUGAGGCCUCGAAUGUCCAUCGUGAAAGGAAGGAUCUGCAUUGCUGUCAUCUGGUUAAUGGCAAGCUGUUUCUCCCUGCCCCAUGCCAUCUACCAGAAGCUGAUGUGGCUUUCUAUGGGAAACAGAACGAUUCGUGUGGUCUGCCUCCCAAGCUUCCCCCCUCCAAAAGAUCUUUAUUGGAAGUACCUGGAUUUGACCACCUUCUUUCUCCUGUAUCUCCUGCCCCUGUCGGUAAUCUCCAUCGCUUACACAGUGGUUGCCAAGAAAAUCUGGAUGCGGAACGCCAUUGGUGAUGUGACCAUGGAGCAGUACUAUGCCCACCAGAGGAAGAAGAAGAUGACUCUGAAGAUGCUGAUGGUGGUCGUGCUGGUCUUCGCUGUCUGCUGGUUCCCGUUAAAUUGCUACUUAGUCCUCAUGUCUAGCAAGGCCAUCCAGAGCAACAACAUCCUUUACUUCGCUUUCCAUUGGUUCGCCAUGAGCAGCACCUGCUACAACCCUUUCAUCUACUGCUGGCUGAAUGAGAACUUCCGCUCGGAGUUCAAGUCCCUGCUGCGUAUGCGCUGGAGGAAGAGGGCCACUGGAAAUCACACCCUGCAGUUAAUAAUGGCCCCUUUCAGGCACACCUGCAGUGAGAAUUGCUCCUGCAAGCAAGGUACCAUUUCAGCAAACAAGAGGCAAAAGAAGACCCCUCAGGAUAGUUUGCAAAGAUCAGUAAUAAGACAACUCCUGCCCUCAGACUUGCAGCCUAAAAGGUGCUGGAAUGGAAACCACAGAUAUGUCGAUUGAUCUCACCACCACUUCUGUAGUGCUGCAACACUGGCCACCACACUCCAAAAAAAUUAAGAACCCAAUCUUCUUUUUUCAAAACACAGCUGUCUCCUACCAACAGGUGUCUUUAACAGCAUUGAAACACACAAGUUCUCAUUAGGUGAGCAGAGGGCUGAUGCCACAGACCUAGCGGCGGAUCUACACUUGUCAUUUACAACUUUAAAAAGUAUUAUUGAAAUGUAACACCAGAGGGUGCUGCAGAGCAGCAAGCCAUCAGCAAAGAGAAACUGCCAUUAAAUGUUAUAGAAUGUUAUUUUAAAUAAUGUUUAGAUGAUCAAUGUAGAUCCAGCGCUAGAACCCCACCCCAGCUGAUGCUCUUGUCUAGAAGAUCUUAGAUCAGUGGUUCGCUUGGGGUGGUUGGAUUACCUAGGGGGUGCCAAGAGGCAAGGGAACAGCACACAGUCAGUGUAGGUGGGUCACUCUGAGCGCAUUGAUUGCUUCUUUACGAUUGACCAGGCUAGAGUCUAGAGUGAAACACCACCCUUGCUUUUAGCUUAAAGCUCUACUGCUCUUGUGGCUUCCAAAGCUAUUUUGUUUGGUCACUUUUGUAUGUACGAUUCUUGCUGCUACAAGAUAGCCAAUUAUUGGUAAUAGUUAUUUAUUUUCUUAUAAACUAGUUACCGUGCAUAUGUGCAAGGUGAAGGUUUGUGUGUGUUUGGUAAGGAGUAAUAUAUAAACAUUUUGUGCUAUAGAUUUCCUUCGUCAUGCUUUUGUUGGUAACAAUGCAUAGAAAUAUUUCUCAUGAAAUAUUCAUUGCUGCAUAUUCUUGUUUUAGCCUCAAGAAUAGAUCAGAGCAUAUAUUUGUGUUGUGUUACAAACUUAUGAUUGUAAGCCCAUCCAUCAUAUUAAGAAUUUACUGAAGUUGUGAAGUAGUUACUAAAUGUUGUAUCUAAAGACUCUUGCUAAAUGACAAUCAGGCUCUGAAAAGCUGUUAUCACUGGAUCAAGUUAAUCAAUAUUGUGAAAUUGUUUUUAAUUGGAUCGUGAAUAAAUGUGCAAUUGAAUUUU